GAAAAUGAAUCUCAGUCCUCGGAAGGGAUGCUUUUUGUCACUUGAAAUAUGCCGAAAGAGGGGUGUAUUCGUCUGGCACGGAGGCGAGGAGUGAUAAAAUGGCGUGCUUGGAACAAAGGGCCCCGGGAUUUUUGUCCCCUUCUUUAAUGACGUCAAGUCAAGUUCUGGCCAAUUGAGAUUUUCGCGCGUGGCAACGCCACGGUUAAGAAUUACACAAGUCAAUGGCAACAAUUAUGUAACGAGUAAAAGCGCAAUCUUAUUCAAACAUCAGCCAAUCCUCACUUCCAAGAUAUGAUAAGGCCGCGCCAGUCUUUAUCAAUUUUUAAGCUAUCUUUCUUCGCUGAUACGUUAUAUACUUUUAUUCUAAGAAAAUAGUUACCUUCAAUAUGAUAAACCAAACAGGUUCCCGGAAUAAAGAAAGGGAUAUCUAAGUUAAACAGAAUGCAUCUUCAAUCUUUUCUAUUUAACGCUGAAUUUGCACGCCGUAUUGAAGUUCUUACGAAUAAAUUUAUGCCGGCAUUUCGCGAGUACUUCCAAGUAUUCCGACUUUUCCAUCUGGCGAAAAUCUUUCACGGCACGAGGAAGGAACAAAAGAACGUAGCGUCGGAUGAUUUGCCAGAUCGCGAGGGUGUACGACCACCGAAACAAGAAGGGCGAAGGGGGGAGGGAUACGCGCAAAGGGGGUUGCCGAAGGAACCGGAGAUGGGAGAGCGGGGGCGGCGCGGUGGCAGGGUCGGCAGUCUUCGGAGGGGUUGUAUUUUAAGAUUCACCCUCGGCUAUCUCGCCCGUUCUAUCGGCAAGGGGAAGGAUUUUUCCAUGGCUCGCCUCGAAACUGAAAGAGACGGUGGCUCGGACACACGUGUUAAGACGGCACGUGUAAUCGCGAGGACUUUCUUACCCGCAUGUAGACGCUAGUCAAACAUCUCGCGCCGCCUCGCCUUCUCCGGAAUGCUUCGACUUACAAGUAUUCUCGACUUGAAGGUACUUUGCACCGACUUGAAAACGACACGAGGGUCGUCCGAGGGACUCGCUCGCCGCCAAACUUUGAGCGCUGUUUGCUGCGAGCAACACAUGCCACGACACUUGAGGAUGAAGAAGACGACGAAGAAACAAUGACUACCACUUGAGCGAGGCUUUUAACUAGUUUUCUAUCGUGAUUAGUUAAUCCAAUACUUUCUGACCCGAUGACCGUUUAAUGUGAUCAAUUUAUGUUAGAUUAGUGUAUGUAGUAUGUAAAUCAUUUUAGCGAGAGUAGAUAUGUACACAUAAACAAAAAAGGUACGAAUAAUUUAUACUUGUGUUAUUUUAACGUAAACGGUAUCGUUCUAUGUAUUAUCAGUUUUUCAAUAAAAAUAUUCUUCUGUUUGAAA